AUGGCUCCCGCAUCGCUACUAGACCUCGUGUCCGCGCUGCCCGCCACCGAGGCAUGGGGACCCGAUGUCUCGACCGAGACGAUGCUCGAUGGCAUUCCAUUCGCGCCAUACUCCAAGGGCGACAAACUAGGUCGCAUGGCCGACUGGACAGAGGGCAAGGACCGUGAGAGGGGCGGACGCCAGCAGUACGGCAACCGCAACUACCGAGACCAGCAGGUGUACGGUGCCAACCAGCAGACCAAUCCCUUCGCCAUCCAGGCCGCAGAGGAGGAGGCCACUUUCUCCGUCGUCGACAACACACGCACAUCAGCCCGGGGCCGCGGAUUCGGCCGAGGCGGCGGCACUGUCUUUGGCCGUGGACGAGGGCAGCGCGGUGGGCCAGCACAGCGCGGAGGGCGGGGCGCCUUCCAGCGUGUUGGUGGUGGCCGCGGUGGACAGCAGUACGACAACCGUGGCGGUGGCCGUGGCGGCCGGGGAGGACGUCGCUUUGGCCGGUGGGACGACAAGCCCCAGCGCAACCGUGAUGCGUCUGUUCAGGUCAAGCCUGACUGGAACGUCAUGGAGGAGAUUGACUUCUCUCGCCUGGGCAAGCUGAAUCUGGACACUGGCGACGGCGAGGACCUCGACAACUACGGAUUCCUAUACUACUACGACCGCAGCUACGACAAGCAGCCGGGCGCGAAGACCUCUGAGCGAAGACUCAACGUCCUCGAGCGCGCUGCCUACAGCGUCACAACCUCCAGCGACCCCAUCCUGCAGGAGCUUUCCGACAAGGACGAGGCGACUGUCUUCGCCACGGACAACGUCCUAUCCAUGCUCAUGUGCGCCACCAAGUCCGUCUACUCCUGGGAUCUCGUUUUCACUCGCAAGGGCAAGCAGGUCUUCAUCGACAAGCGCGACACCUCCAACCUCGACAUGGUCACUGUCAACGAAAAUGCCGCCGACGCGCCUCUCGAGAUUUCCGAGGGCAACAAGGACUCCAUCAACAGCCCUGGCGCACUUAUGGCCGAAGCCACCCACAUCAACAACAUCUUCCCUCUCCAAGUCGUUGUUGAGUCAGACACAAAUAAGGUCACCAUGCCCAACGAGCACCCAUUCUACAACGAGGAGGUCGAGAGCGACCCGCCAGCCUCCAAGUCAUACAAAUACCGCCGAUUCGAUCUUUCUCUGGAGAAGGACGACGAGCCACUUCAUUUGAUUGUCCGAACAGAGCUCGACGCAGUGAUCAAGAACAACAUCAACGGCGAGGACCAGUUCUUGACCAUCAAGGCUCUCAACGAGUUCGACAACAAGGCGCAGGGUGCCGGUGGCGCUCUGGACUGGAGGUCGAAGCUAGCCAGCCAAAGGGGUGCGGUCCUAGCCACCGAGAUGAAGAACAACUCCUGCAAGCUCGCCCGAUGGACUGUGCAGAGUAUCCUAGCCAAGGCCGAUACCAUGAAGCUUGGUUUCGUCUCCCGCACCAACCCAAAGAACAACAACGACCACGUCAUCCUCGGCGUCCUCACCAACAAGCCCCGCGAAUUCGCCUCCCAGAUGGCCCUCAACCUCAACAACGGAUGGGGCAUUGUCCGCACAAUCGUCGACAUGGUGCUCCGCAUGGACGAGGGCAAAUACGUCCUCGUCAAGGACCCCAAUAAGUCUCUGCUCCGCUUGUACUCGGUCCCCAUCAAUACGUUCGAGGAGGAUGACGUCGAGGAUAUGCAGGCCCCGGCCGAGGAUGAUGAGGAGUAA